UAAAUCAAAUGAUGGCAAAAGAAACAGUUAAAAAAAGGAUCGAAGAUCCUGAUAAAUCGAUCAGCUAUACAGAAUUCAGUUAUAUGCUUUUACAAGGAUACGACUUCGUACAUCAACGAGGAAAUAUUGUCACAGGUAUUGAGCUUAUCAAGAAAAAACUUGAUGCUGAUGCAUAUGGUAUGACCUCACCUUUGGUGCUUGAUAGUAAUGGUAAAAAGUUUGGUAAAUCUGAAGGCAAUGCGCUAUGGAUGAAUCCAACUCUGACGACGCCGUUCAAGAUAUAUCAAUACUUCAUGAAUGUCACUGAUGCAGACGUAGGAAGAUUCUUAAAGUUGUUUACGCUGUUGCCACUUAAUGAGAUUGAGGCAAUUAUUGCACAACACGCCGAAAACACAGCAGAAAGAUAUGGUCAAAUGCAAUUAGCUAAAUAUGUUGUAGAAACAAUUCAUGGAAAAGAAGCUGUGGAGACAGCAAUC